CCACUUUUUUUUUUUCCCUUUUUUUUAGGCCUAGUUAGGGUGGUGGAUUUUCUGGGAUUGCUUGUAUUGUUUAGGCCCAAAACAACCCAAUCGGUGGAUACCGUUGCGGACAUUGACCGAUUUGCAAUUAACCUCAACUCUUUGGCCGGUUUGCGAUCUCAAAUAAUGCAAUACUGCGAUUUCUCAGGCAGUUUGCGAUUUACAUGAAAUUUUGCGGUUACAGUACCACAUUCACCCCUAAGAGCACUUUCACCGCUGCGGUUUGGCUCGGAUAGGAGGGGGCCCAAGCCCAUGUCAUGCCUCCAGCGAGCUUCAACAGUUAGGACAGGAGGUGGGUCCCAGCAAACCAGGCAAACCCAUAAGCAAAAGAGUCCAAACUCGUGCCUGGGGGUAGCUGUCGUUAGCACCUGGGCUUUAUAUUUUUUACACGCCAACGAUGAAAAAAUUUGAAAUUUCCAUGUGCUGACGCUAGGCCAGGCUGGCGCCACCCCUGAUUUCUGCCAAUGGCUAGAAGCUACGUGGCUUGUCCGAUCGUUACUUCUUCUUCCAAUAUUCUUCACUUUCCACACCAAAUCUUCAUACAUUUUCUUUUCCUUCCAAUAUUAUUCACUUUUUACACAAAAUUUUCUUCACUUUCCAAAUUUCAUUUGUAUUAAAAUACAAAUGGCAUCUUCUAUCGAAGCUAGAGGGGUGUGGACAACCAUGGAAGAUGUUUUGUUGUGUGAGUGUUGGAUCCAAGUUGGUCGUUGCUCGAUCACGGACAAUAAGAUGAAGUUCUCUUAUAUGUAUAGAAAAAUUCAUGCCGAAUUUUGUGCAAGGUCAUGUUCUGCUCGUACGAAAAUAGCCUUGGCUAGUAUGUGAAUUUUUUUGAAUAAAGAGUUGGGGAAAUGGAGAGAUACAUUGACAAAAGCGAGAGACAAUGUUUGAAGUGGCGAAAAUCUUGCCAACAAGAUUACGCAAGCAUAAAUGUGGUUCGAUGUCAUUGGCUAAGGCAAAAAAUCUUUCAACAAUCACCAAUGUUGGGAGGUGGUAAAAAAUUGUUCGAGAUUCAAAAUUAUUCUUACGGGUCUGACCGCGUUGUCUUGAAUGAGAUCUCACUCCACGAUUCAACAAUAUCAGAUUUACCUUUGGAUUCUCCAAUGAAUCAAGACUCACCAAUCCAACAGGAGUCCAGGCCUAUUGGGAGAAAGGCGCCGAAGACUAAGAGAGGGAGUAAUUCCACCAAUGAUACUACAAAAGUUUUGGAGCAAAUUGCUCUGAACGGCACAAUGAAAAUUGAGAGAGACAUGAAAAGAGAUGCGAAUGAGAAGGUAAUGUAUAAAGAAUUUACAGGAGAAAGGAAGUAUGCACGCAAACAAGACAUGGAGAAGAAGGAUCGGGAAACCAUAGCCAUGGAUACGAGCCAUAUGUCCCUUGAAAUAAAGUCAUUUUGGAAGCUACAACGAAGGGAUGUUAUGAGAAGAAGACUUUUCCGUGAUGAUGGACCUAGCAAUACCGAUUGGUUAAAUGAUGAAAACCAUUAGGUUGUAUUGCUUGUCUUUUAUUUGAUUAGUUAUAUUGCUUGUCUUUUAUUUAAAUAGUUGUAUUACUUGCGUUUAAUUUAAUUAGUUGUAUUUCUCCUGGACACUUGUAGUGCAAGAAAACUGUGGU